AUGGCUCGCCACGGGGACACUCGCUCACCAUCACCUGUAGGCAGCACAUACUCUUCAUCCCGACGGCCUCGUAGAGAGGAUGAUCGAUAUGACAGAACCAGGCGGGAUGAUGGGCGCGGUUACCGUAGAUCCCGCAGCCCAGAGAGACGAUACCGUGGGCGCGACCGACCCCGCGAUAGAGAUUCAUACCGCCGACGAGACCUCCCCAUAGACCGGCGUGACGAAGAUACUUAUCGGCCAGCUCGCAGAGACCGAUCCCGAGAACGGCGUCGAGAUGAUGACCACGAUUUCCGCCGCAGAAGUCGUGAUAGAGACUACCGUCCCAGGCGAGAUGAUUCCCGCGAUCGGGACCGCAGACGGUUAGAUGAUUCUGCUGACUUGAAGCCCAAGUCUAGACGGGAUGACAGCCGUGAUCGUGCUCCGAGCCGACGGUCCAGGUCUAGAACCCGGGAGCCUUCAAAGCCGUCCACACCGGCCCCAACUGCUCAGACAGACGAGCAGAAGAAAGCAGAGAGACUUGCCAAGCUUGAGGCAUGGAAACAGAAACAAGCCGCCGAACGCGAAAAGAAACAAAAGGAACAGGCAUCCCUUGAUCCCAAACGGAUCCUCGAGGCGAUUGACCGUAAUACAGUUGCGCCUCCAGCUGCCCCUGCCGCAUUUCCCGGAAAAAUGAAAUUUGAUCCAAAGGCCAUCGUCAAAUCAUCCACCACGACCACCACUACUCCCACCGUACUUGGUACCGAUGUUGCUGUCCCGACAUCUGCCAAAACUCCGUCUGUGACAAAACCCCUCAUACCUCCUGCUGCGCCUGCCACACUCUCUGGUCCAUUGAAAGCGAAAGGUAAUGUCAGUGGAUUUGGCCUCGGUGCGAAACAAAGUUCUGAAACAGAUAAACCAUCUGCUUCUAAAACUCUGGGCUUUGGCGAUGGCGAUGAGCAAUCUACACGUAAGAAGCUCGAAAGAUUGCCAACCCCGCCUCUCGAUGUGAGUGCACAGGUGGACGAUGCCGGUGAAGACGACGAUGUAGACAUGCAAGGCGACGAAACAGAAGAACACGCGGCAGCGGCAGCGCAUGCCGCAGCUGAACGCCGAGAUGAACGGCUCCAGGGCCAGGUUGAUGACGUCCAUAUGGCGGAGCCGACGAAUGCGCAGGCCGAUUCUACCCCCAUGGAUGUUGACGAUGCUGAAGAAGUUGAUCCCCUUGAUGCAUUCAUGGCUGAGCUCCAAGACUCCGCGCCACCUGAAAAGAAAGUCGGGGCCACCUUUGCCAAGAAUAAGACACACCAACAACCCGAGGCGAUGUUUAACGACGACGAGGAUGUGGAUGUGACUGCAGUCGGUGAUGAGAAAGCCGAGGAUGUACUCGCGAUGGCAGCAAUCAAGAAAAAGAAACGGGAAAUUCCUGAUAUCGACCACAACAAGAUCGAAUAUGAGCCAUUCCGCAAGCAGUUUUAUACUGAACCCUCCAACCUUGCCGAGAUGACAGAGGAGGAAGUAGCAAACUUACGCCUUGAACUCGAUGGCAUCAAAGUUCGCGGUGUGAAUGUCCCUACACCAGUUCAAAAAUGGUCGCAAUGCGGUCUCGGUGUGCAGACAUUAGAUGUCGUUCACAAGCUUGGAUGGGAAAACCUCACAUCCAUUCAGGCGCAAGCAAUUCCCACGAUCAUGUCCGGUCGCGAUGUUAUCGGCAUAGCAAAAACUGGCUCAGGAAAGACUGGUGCCUUCUUGGUACCGAUGUUUCGACAUAUCAAGGACCAACGGCCCUUGGCUAGUAUGGACGGCCCCAUCGCUAUGAUCUUGUCGCCCACCCGUGAACUGGCCACCCAAAUUCAUAAAGACUGCAAGCCUUUCUUGAAGGCCUUGGGUCUUCGUGCUGUUUGCGCGUAUGGUGGAGCGCCUAUCAAAGACCAGAUAGCUGAGCUGAAACGAGGCGCAGAAAUCAUUGUAUGUACUGCCGGCCGUCUCAUUGAUUUGCUAGCCGCAAACCAAGGUCGGGUCCUCAACCUCCGCCGUGUCACAUAUGUUGUUCUAGAUGAGGGAGAUCGCAUGUUCGACAUGGGCUUUGGUCCACAAGUCGUGAAGAUUAUGGAGAGUAUCCGACCGGACAGACAAACCGUCCUUUUUUCGGCCACGUUCCCUAAGAGUAUGGAAGCCUUGGCCCGGAAGACUCUGAACCAGCCAGUGGAGAUCACAGUGGGUGGCAAGAGUGUUGUGGCUCCCGAAAUCACACAGAUUGUUGAGGUUCGUAAUAACGACCAGAAGUUCGUCCGCUUGUUAGAGCUUCUGGGAAAUCUGUACGAAGACGACGCGAAUGAAGACUAUCGCACGUUGAUUUUUGUGGACCGCCAAGAGGCAGCAGAUGACUUGCUGAAGCAAUUGAUGUAUAAGGGUUAUCCUUGCAUGUCGAUCCAUGGCGGAAAGGACCAGAUCGAUCGUGACAGCACGAUUCAAGAGUUCAAGGCAGGUAUUUUCCCUAUUCUGGUCGCAACGUCAGUUGCUGCUCGUGGAUUGGAUGUCAAACAGCUGAAGCUUGUUGUCAACUAUGACGCACCUAACCACUUGGAGGAUUAUGUCCAUCGUGCCGGCCGUACUGGACGGGCUGGUAACACCGGAACCGCUGUCACGUUUGUCACCGAAGAACAAGAUCGGUAUGCCUUGGAUAUUGCAAAGGCUCUCAAACAAAGUGGACAGCAAGUCCCCGAGCCUCUCCAAAAGCUAGUUGAUGGGUUCAUGGAGAAGGUCAAGUCUGGAAAGGAGAAAAAUUUCUCACGCCAUGGAUUCGGUGGUAAAGGUCUGGAUCGUCUUAAUAUGGAACGUGAAACUGCGAGACUUCGUGAGCGGAAAGCAUACAAAACCGGGGAUGAUAACGACGAAGAAGAUGAGAAACUUGAGACUGAGCAGGAGUCAGAUGAUCGAUUCAAUAAGGCCUUUUCGGCUGUCCGAUCCACUGCGGACCCAGCAGUCCCAUCGCCUACAGCUUCAGUUUCUGUGCCAGGUGUGCCGAAGGGCAUUGAUCUUGAUGGCAAGAUUGUCGUGCAUCGUACAGAGAGAACACCGGCAAACGCUUCAAAGAACCCAUUGGACAAGGUGGGCUCCGCAGUUGCGGAGAUCAACGCACGUUUGAGUCGUGCUGGUGUAAUGAGAUCAGGCGUGCCUAUCGACAAUCGGGGACCUGAUGCCGGAGCCUUCCAUGCAACGCUGGAAAUCAAUGAUUUCCCUCAAAAAGCACGUUGGGCUGUCACAAAUCGCACAAACGUGGCAAAGAUCCUAGAAGCAUCUGGAACCUCCAUCACCACCAAAGGCAAUUUCUAUGCCGCAGGGAAGGAACCUGGUCCUGGUGAGCUUCCCAAGCUCUACAUUCUGGUCGAGGGCGAGACGGAGAUUUCCGUCACUACCGCCAUACACGAGCUCAGACGUCUUCUCAAGGAUGCAACACUUGCAGCUUCAGAGGGUGAGGCUCGUGCUCCGGUGGGUGGCCGCUACAAUGUUCUUUAG